AUGUGGGCCGCACCUCCCAGACACCAAACACCACAUGGGCCGCACCUCCCAGACACCAAACACCACAUGGGCCGCACCUCCCAGACACCAAACACCACAUGGGCCGCACCUCCCAGCCACCAAACACCACAUGGGCCGCACCUCCCAGCCACCAAACACCACAUGGGCCGCACCUCCCAGCCACCAAACACCACAUGGGCCGCACCUCCCAGCCACCAAACACCACAUGGGCCGCACCUCCCAGACACCAAACACCACAUGGGCCGCACCUCCCAGACACCAAACACGACAUGGGCCGCACCUCCCAGACACCAAACACGACAUGGGCCGCACCUCCCAGACACCAAACACCACAUGGGCCGCACCUCCCAGACACCAAACACCACAUGGGCCGCACCUCCCAGACACCAAACACCACAUGGGCCGCACCUCCCAGACACCAAACACCACAUGGGCCGCACCUCUCAGACACCAAACUCCACAUGGGCCGCACCUCCCAGACACCAAACACCACAUGGGCCGCACCUCCUAGACACCAAACACCACAUGGGCCGCACCUCCCAGACACCAAACACCACAUGGGCCGCACCUCCCAGCCACCAAACACCACAUGGGCCGCACCUCCCAGACACCAAACACCACAUGUGCCGCACCUCAGGUUUGACCGGCACUUACGCUGAUUUAUGGCCGUAUUUUUACGGACGUCAUCGUUCUGGAAGUCAUAAUAUGUGA